AUGCCACCGCCAACAACAGGCUCCUCAAACCACCUAACAUUCGACCCCUGGAACUCCGCCUCAACAGGCCAUCAACGCGGCGAAUCAAACCCGGGCACAGCAUGGCAGCGCACCCGGGAAGCGAAGCUCGCCCAGCAACUGCGUACGGGGGACUGCACGAUAAACUCAUUUGCGUAUGACGAUACGCAAGAAAAUGUUUAUGAGAAGGGCGAAUGGGAGUGGGAUUGGGGCGGCGAUGCCAAGGGUGGAAGAGGUGGUGGUGGGAGGGGUGUGCGUUCUGGGAGAGUUGGGCGAGGGCCGGAUUCGAAGCAGAGGGAUAUUAGGAGUAUGAUGAGGGUGAAUAAGGCCGGGGAUGGGGGUGCUAGUUCUUUGGGGUUGGACCGCAAGGCUGUGAAGGAUAAGAGUGUUGUAUCAUCUCUGCCGGCUUCGACUCAGAUUCCCGGACCAGUGCACACGCCAACGUCAACGUCAACGUCAACCCCAACACCAACAUCAAACCCAGAACUACUGGAAGAGUGUGAAGCUAGACCAGACCAAACACCCGGCGCAGUCGGUGGAAACGACAGUCCCGCCUCACUCAACCACAAAUCAAUACCCGAACAACCACAAAUAAGGCCCAGCAAUGGCAGCGGUAUCGAAUCGACCAUGUUCCGCGGUGCAACAAUCUACAUAAACGGGCAAACAGCGCCUCUAAUAUCUGACCACAAACUCAAGGGAUUGCUUGUUGCCCAUGGUGCAACGUUGUCCCUAUCCCUGUCUCGACGGGUAACGCAUGUUAUCAUUGGAAAACCAAAUUCGGGGCCUGGGCGCGGCGGAGCGGGGGGUGGGUUGGCCGCUGGGAAGAUUCAGAAGGAGGCUCAGAGGGGUGGUUGGAGGGGGAUGAGGAUUGUUGGUGUUGAGUGGGCCUUGGAGAGCGUGAAAACCGGGAAAAGGCUCCCUGAGACGAGGUUUGCAGUUAAUUUGUCUAAUCAAAGGAGUGUGUUGGGAUUUAUGUAG